AUGGCUACUCUAACUUAUUUAAAAUCUACUGACACAGAAUACACUUCCAUUAGUACUCAAUUCAUGAGUGGUUUAUCCCAUGCGAGGAUUCAUUCCAUAAUCAAAAUUGAUAUGCCAAGUGAUAUCGCAAAUAGACACGAAACUUUUAAAAGUUCACAGGCAGCCCUACGUUUAUAUCAUGGAACUAAACAUUGUUGUGAUAUUACAAAAAUCUCUGAUUUUAGCAAGUUGUGUCAGAAUAGCGGAUGCGGUGUUUGUGGUAUAAUCCGUUACGGUCCCAGGCUUUCAAAUGGUUAUGUUUGGUUUGGACCCUGUUCCUCCAUUUCCGAUGGUUACACCGGGGCACGUCCUGUCGGUAUCAUGGAUCCAUCUAUACAAGUUCUCCGAGCUAUUUUCGUAAUGGAUGUUGUAUCUGCUACAGGAAGCCAUGGAGCGUACAUUGUUCCCAAUGGAGAGCUGCAAUAUCAACCAGCAUCAACAGAAUCAACAGAAUCAACAGAACCAAUAGCACUAACUACAACAACAACAACUGCAACAGCUGCCAUACUGCAAUACUAUUAUCAGCUGCAACAGCCAUCAACGCAACAUCAGCUAUAA